UGGUUGCCAAUGAUGCGCUGUGGAGUUGGAGACAGAUGAGAAAUCUCUGUCAGGCGCUCCGAACGCGAAUAACGACGCUCUUAUUUGGAUAAAUACGGUUUAUUCAUCUGAUGUGGGCAAUUUAGAGAAGUUUAAUAUGCAUACAACUCGCAGUCCAUCCGCAUCCGUCCAGACAGGGGCAGCUGGAGACGCUCUGGACCUCAGCCUGACCGGCUCUCCGCUCACAAUGGGCCGCAGACCCAGCAGCGCUUCACCUGGAAAACACUUCUCUCGAUCCAUAUCUGUGUCUGUGGCCAGUGAUGGCCGGGGGAAGCGAAACACUUUGACUGAUGCUGGAUUGGGGAGCUCACGAGCAAUUAAGAAUCUGCGUCGGUCUAACAGCACCACACAGGUGAACCAGCAGGCCAACACAAGCCCCAGUGAAGGCCACACAGAAGACUUCCUGGCUCUGUUCAACAGCAGCUCUGAUGGACGUAGAAAACUGGCCAGCCUCUCCAAGACAUCCAAAGACCAUACUACGUGGAACAUCCUGGAUGACCAGCCAAGAGCAUUUCCUGUGCCCAGCAGCUCUCACAGUACCUGCAGUAUGGAUUCUCCUACAGGCAUGAAGAAGAGGGAAACCGGCGUCUCUCUGGCUGCCAACUUCACUGCCAACAACAGGAGCAAUAAAGCAGCUGUGGGUAACUCUGUGACCACCAUCCUCCAUAAUAACCACUCAGAGAAACCCCUCACUCCAAAGAGCUCCAAUCAGAAACCCUCCUUCAAUAACAUAAUCAAAGCCACCGUAAAUGAUGAUGUGACUCUGGAUGUGAGCUGUUCUCUUACUAAGUCUCAGAAGAACUUCUCCUCCGCGUCAUCAAGCUCCAACAACAACGCCCCCCGUAGCCCCCGAAGCCCAGGUCAGCCAAGCAGACGAGAGGUGACUGAAGAGGAGGCCGAAAGGUAUAUUCAGCAGGUGAACCAUGCUGCUAUUACCAUCCAGCGGUGGUAUCGUCGCCAAGCCAGCAGAAAGAGAGCCAAUGAGAAUACAAUCAAACACCUCCUCACAUCCAAAAAGAAGGAGAGGGAGCAGAGAGUAGAGGAGGAGAAAACCACUGAAUCACUGAAGAAGAAAGAAGAUGAUCGAAAGCGCAUCAGGGAAGAAAAAGCUCGUCUGGCUCGACUUACCGCCAUACAGGAGCUUCAGCAGAAAAGAGCCCAACGUGCUGCAGAGGUACAGCAGAUUGCAGAGGAGGAGGUAGAGGCACUAAGACAUGCUGGGAAAGUGGGGCGUAAAAAGCUCACCAAGAGUUCACCCACUUCUCCCACUGACGUCAAGGCUAUGAACACAGAUUUUAAUGUGAACGUGGUGCCUGAUCUGGAUGAUGUGACGAAUCUAAGGGCUGCGUCACCCGCAGGUUCUAUAUGCAGAGGAUCUCAGUGUUCUCAGGAGAUCCUCCAGAGGUCUGUGAGCAUGGAGGAUCAGCGGCAGGGGGCGUCAUCGAGCAGGGCACAGUCAAAAACCACUCUUAAUGACUUGCUGGACACACUGAAGCUCUUGGAAGAGGAACCAGAGAGACUGUCAGAGCCCAAGAGCUACAGGAAGGACAAGUAUUCGUGGAUUGAUGAGGAUGGAGACUCUAACUCCCUGACUACGGAUAAUGUGGAACGGCACAGGCAGCUGAGUCAGACUCCAGCUCUACCAGAUGAGGGUGCUCUGCUUUCAGAGGCCAAACUGCAGACCAUUAUGAGCUUCCUGGAUGAGAUGGAGAAGUCAGAGCAGGAGAGACCACGCUCAGUCACUUCUGGAUCACAUAGGGAGGUGGUGUUGUCAGAGGAAGAUCUAGCAGUUGUGGAACAAGCCUCAGCCACAGCUGCUGAGGUCACCGGCUCUAUGAUGAGACUCAAACUGGAGCUGGAUGAGAAAAAACGCACAGUCAAUAUGCUACAGACAGCACUGACUCAGCAGAGGGAGCUGACGAUCCGGCAUGUAAAGGAGACUGAGAAAGAGCUCAAUCAUACCUUCCAGUUACAGAAGCAGCAGUAUGAAGCUACAAUACAGAGACACUUGACGUUUAUAGACCAGCUGAUUGAUGAUAAAAAGGCCCUGAGCGAACGUUGUGAGGAAGUAGUGGGAGAACUCAAGCAGGUGGAUCAGAAAUACACAAAGAAGAUCGCUCAGAUGCAGGAGCAACAUGAGCUGGUGUGGCAAAUUCUGGGUCCCAUGUGUGAGGAGAUUAAGAAGCUGAAAGAGUUAAUGAGUGCCACGGAAAAGAUCCGCCGGGAGAAAUGGAUUGAUGAGAAGACCAAAAAGAUCAAGGAGAUCACUGUAAAAGGGCUGGAGCCAGAGAUUCAGAAACUCAUCUCCAAACACAAGCAGGAGCUAAAGAAACUCAGAGUUCUUCAUGAGGCAGAGCUGCUUCAGGCAGACGAGAGGGCCGCCCAACGUUACGUCAGACAGACCGAGGAAUUACGACAGCAGUUGGAGAGAGAAAGAGAUGAACAGUGCCAGAGAGAGAGAGAACUGGCCAAGCAGAGGUUUGAGAAACAGCUGCAGGAAGAGGAGAACUCGCUGCAGCAGCAGAGGAGACGUCUGUAUAAAGAAGUGUCAGAGGAGAAAGAGCGAAUCACACAGCUGGCAGCCAGGCAGCAUGCUGAGCUGGAGGACUUAAGGAAGCAGUUGGAAGGGAACAACUCUUUGGCAGCAAGAGCACUGAGAGAAGAGCUGGAGAAGAGCAGAGAAGAGCAGGAGAGACGACACCAGGUUGAAAUAAAGGCCCUGAAGGAAAGACUUGAGAUUGAGAAACAGACAUGGGAAGAAAAUUAUAUGAAAAAAGAGGAAGCAUGGCUGCUGAGCAGAGAAAGGGAGCUUAAAGAGGAAGUGCGUCGAGGGAGAGACAAAGAGAUCGAGCUGGCCAUUCAGAGACUAGAGGAGGAGACUAGAGGAGCAAGAGAGGAGUGUGAGAGAGCGUCUGACAACCGGAUAAAGCGUUUGAGGGAGAAAUACGAGGCCGAGCUCCGAGAUCUGGAGCGUUCGGAGCGGGCAGCAUUGCAGAAACAACAGGAGAUGAGAGAGAAACACAGUGAGAUGGAGGCAGAGCUCCUCCGGCUGCAGUCGCUUUUACGACAACGAGAGCAGGAGAAAAGCGACCUCACCCAGGCCCGUGACAAGUUAUCAGAUGAGCGCCGCAGUCUAGCAGAAGUGAUCAGACAAGAGUUUGCAGAACGGCUUGUAGAGACGGAGGAAGAGAACAGGAGAAUGAAGAUGGAGGUCUCGGAGGCCAAGGCACGACUCCGUUUAGAGGUGGAGCGAGUGACAAGAGAGAAAGAAGAAGAGCUUGCAGAGGUGCAUCAAAGAGUGAAGUCGGCUAUUUUGAAGAAGGAAGAGACCGUUAAUAACCUGCGCAAGCAGCAUGAGACUGCAGUGAAGAGAGCAGAUCAUCUCGAGUCUUUGUUGGAACAGCAGAGAAAACAGCUGUUAGGGAAAUGAUUGACAAGUUAGGGCAUUGAAAUCCCCCACAGCCCCUUCCCUUCUGUCAUACCGUCCUCCUGCACAAAGAAACUUUCACUUUGUGUUUUUUUUUUGUUGUUGUCAGGUUUCUGUUUUAUUUCUUUUGGUUGUUUGGAUGAACUCAUGGAUUCUGGAUGGACGUUUUGGUUCCACCAGACUUCUCAUCCAGAAAGGCGGCCUUUGGCAUUCCCAUGGGAACAAGGCAAGAAAUGAGAGAAGAAUUUAAUCUUGGAGAGGCUUUUGUGGGUCUCUCUUUCACGGAUAUGACCAAAUUACAGACUCCUUUCAGCCACCGGUUUCACACAGCCAAAUGAAUUUAAGCAUAGAAA